CCCCCCCCUACAGAGAGACACACGCCUUCUUCCAGUCUUUAUUCUUCAAUUUGUAUCUCCACUCUUCAGAUCUAGCAUCUCAAGCUCUCAUCAACACUCCCAAACCUCAGCACUCGGCAGUAGUCCAUCUAAGGCUCUAAGCACUCUUUUUCAUUUCUUUACUAUAAGAUUUCUUUCUCUGUUUGUUUUUUGUCCAUACCUUGAGAAUGCUUCAGAAACAACAAGAUUAUCUUUUUCUUUUACGCUCCAGUUCAAUAAAUAUUCAUGGGGUGGGUGUGGCUACCACCUCACUGCCUUGUAUGUGGGCAUAGAAAAGGGAAAGCACUGCCUGUGCAAGUCAUGGCCGGCGUUGUCAUCCUUACCAAGGAGAUGCUGUCGAGCAACAACUAUAUAAAACUUUAUCAGCCUCAGCUACCAAGGUUGUUGGUAUACCUGCAACUUUUGCAGUUAAUUAUAUUGAAAGCCUAUUCAAAUAGUUAAUUUCUUGUAAAUAUCUUGGUUGUUUUUUUAGAUGCAAGGCAACAAUGGAGAUGGUGUUAAUGAUAUUGCAUUGCUUAUCUUUGAUUUUGGUUUUUUUGGAUUUUUGUCGUAAAAACCAAACUAGAAAACAGUUGGUUUAAACUGGUUUCAGUUUUUUUUAUUUUUUCAAAAUCCCAGUUUAGAUGUUUUUUAUAGAUAAAAAUCAAAUCGAACCAAAAAUCAUCCCUCACUAGUUUUCCUAGAAAUUGUCAAACCUCACAGAUCCCCAAGAGCCAAGUGAUUUAGAGCCCUCGUCCUGGGGAAGAAAUUGUCAAACCUCACAAAUUCUGAAUAUCAGAAAUGUCACCUGAUCCUUUUUCCUAUAAAACUCACUUCAAAAACAAAUAUAAUUCAUUCCAUCUAUUCAGUUCUUAUCAACAAAUUCACAGAAUGAAACUCCUAAACUUGGUCAUUUUCCUCAUAUUCCAUAUUACUUCGCUUCACUUGUGUGUUGAGUCGACAGAUUCAUCUCACCCACAGGAUCCUUACUCAUGUGCUUCUGCUUCACAACCUCCAUACUCGUGUGAUUCAUCAGACCCAUCAACAAAGACGUAUGAUUUUUGCAAAACCACGCUGCCUAUAAGCCGAAGAGCAGAAGACCUUGUCUCUAGACUAACGUUUGAGGAAAAGGCAACGCAGCUUGUUGACACAUCCCCGGCAAUUCCGAGGCUUGGCAUUCCUGCCUAUGAAUGGUGGUCGGAAGGAUUACACGGCAUUGGUUUUCUGACCAGGGUGCAACAAGGCAUCAGUUUUUUCAAUAGAACCAUUCAGCAUGCCACAAGCUUCCCUCAAGUCAUUCUCACUGCUGCUUCUUUUGAUGCCCAUAUAUGGUAUCGCAUUGGUCAAGCGACUGGUAAAGAAGCAAGAGCCUUAUACAAUGCUGGACAAGUUACAGGCUUGGGAUUUUGGGCACCAAACGUCAACAUAUUUAGAGACCCUAGAUGGGGAAGAGGGCAAGAGACACCUGGAGAAGAUCCAUUGGUUGUGGGGAAGUAUGGAGCGUCAUUUGUCAGAGGAGUUCAGGGGGACUCUUUUGAAGGAGAGUCGACCCUUGGUGACCAUCUUCAAGCUUCAGCUUGUUGCAAGCAUUAUACUGCCCACGACUUGGACAAUUGGAAUGGCGUGAAUAGGUUCAGAUUUAACGCUAUAGUCACAUUGCAGGACAUGGCAGAUACGUACCAGCCUCCAUUCAGAAGUUGCGUACAAGAAGGAAAAGCUAGCGGGAUAAUGUGUUCUUACAACGAAAUUAAUGGAAUCCCAAGCUGUGCACAUUACGAUCUCUUGACUAAGACACUCAGACAAGAGUGGGGCUUCUACGGGUACAUCACGUCUGAUUGCGAUGCCGUCAACGUCCUACAUGUUGAGCAAAAAUACGCUAAAACACCAGAAGAUGCAGUGGCCGAUGCGCUUAAAUCUGGGAUGGAUGUGGAAUGUUCAACCUCUGCAAGAUCAAAAGAUUUCCCUGUUAGUUACUUAAGGAACUACACCAAAUCAGCUGUUGAAAAGAAAAAAGUGACAGUAAGUGAAAUAGACAGAGCCCUUCACAACCUCUUCUCUACGAGGAUGAGAUUAGGACUAUUCAAUGGCGAUCCCACCAAACAGCUCUACAGCGAUAUUGGUCCAGACCAAGUCUGUUCCCAAGAACAUCAGGCUCUAGCCCUUGAAGCAGCUCUAGAUGGCAUUGUCCUACUAAAGAAUGCUGAUAGGCUUCUUCCUCUUUCAAAAUCAGGAAUCUCUUCUCUUGCAGUUAUAGGCCCCAAUGCGCACAAUUCAACAAACCUUCUUGGGAAUUAUUUUGGUCCAGCCUGCAAAAAUGUUACGAUAUUGGAAGGAUUGCGGAACUAUGUUAGUUCUGCCUCGUAUGAAAAAGGUUGCAAUAAUGUUUCGUGCACUUCAGCUGCAAAGAAGAAACCAGUAGAAAUGGCACAAACGGAAGAUCAAGUGAUAUUAGUAAUGGGACUGGAUCAAAGUCAAGAGAAGGAGAGGCUUGAUCGUAUGGACUUGGUGCUCCCAGGGAAGCAGCCAACGCUAAUAACUGCUGUAGCAAAAGCUGCCAAAAGACCUAUUGUUCUGGUGCUUCUUGGUGGAAGUCCAAUGGAUGUAACUUUUGCAAAGAAUAAUCGAAAAAUUGGGAGCAUUUUAUGGGCUGGUUAUCCAGGUCAAGCUGGAGCAACUGCACUAGCGCAGAUUAUAUUUGGCGAGCACAACCCAGGAGGGAGAUUACCAAUGACUUGGUAUCCGCAAGAUUUCACCAAAGUACCAAUGACAGACAUGAGAAUGCGUCCUCAACCAUCUACAGGAAAUCCUGGCCGUACUUACAGAUUCUACGAAGGGGAGAAGGUUUUCGAAUUCGGGUAUGGUCUCAGCUACUCAGACUAUUCUUAUACGUUUGCCUCUGUUGCACAGAACCAGUUGAACGUGAAAGAUUCAAGCAAUCAGCAGUCUGAGAACUCAGAGACUCCUGGAUACAAGCUAGUUUCAGACAUUGGUGAAGAACAAUGUGAAAAUAUCAAGUUUAAAGUCACCGUCAGUGUUAAAAACGAGGGACAGAUGGCAGGUAAGCAUCCUGUAUUGCUUUUUGCGAGGCACGCAAAGCCUGGAAAGGGAAGGCCAAUCAAAAAGUUGGUUGGAUUCCAAACUGUGAAAUUAGGUGCAGGAGAGAAAACUGAAAUUGAAUAUGAGUUGAGCCCUUGUGAGCACCUCAGCAGUGCUAACGAAGAUGGUGUGAUGGUGAUGGAAGAAGGAUCUCAAAUCUUGCUUGUUGGAGACAAGGAACACCCAGUCACUAUUAUAGUCUGAUAAUCGAUGAUGAUUCUUCAACCGCAGAGGAUUGCAAUUUUGAUCGCAAAUAAUGGCUCGUAAGUAAAUGAUAUAUAGAAAAUCACUAUC